AUGUCGUUUCUCAACUCGACGUCCACACAGAACAGCGCUGCCACGGGCCAGGAGUUGGUCAACGAUAUCACGUUGAACAACGGGCCCGAGGACACCGUCACGGACUUGGCGUUCUCGCCCGUGCUGGACAUGCUUGCCGUGGCCAGCUGGGACAAGAAGGUCCGCAUCUACGACAUCGACCCCAACUCCGGGAACUCGCAGGGCCGGGCGCUUUUCGAGCACGACGGCCCCGUGUUCAGUGCGCGGUGGACCGCGGACGGCGCCCGCAUCGCCAGCGGCGGAGCCGAUAAGCAGGUCAAGCUAUUUGACUUGGCGUCGCAGCAGCUGCAGCAGAUCGGCGCCCACGACGCGCCGGUGCGCUGUGUGCGCAGCGUGCUCUGCGGCCCCACCAACACGGAGGUGGUGGUCAGCGGGUCGUGGGACAAGACGUUGAAGUACUGGGAUAUGCGGGCGCCGCAGCCGGUGUCGGUGAUCAACCUCCCCGAAAAGGUGUAUUGCAUGGACUCGUCGCAGAAGCUCUUGGUGGUGGGAUGCGCCGAGCGGCACGUGGCCAUCAUCGACUUGACCAACCCGCAGCAGGUGUUCAAGUCGAUCAUGUCGCCGCUCAAGUACCAGACGCGGUCCAUCGCGUGUUACCCCCAGGGUAACGGCUACGCGAUAGCGUCCAUCGAGGCGCGGUGCGCCAUCCAAUACAUCGACGAUGCGGAGCAACAGAAGGCCGGCUUCUCUUUCCGCUGUCACCGCAAGGGCGCCAACGGCGCCAACCCCCCGCGCACCACGGCGGUAGGCGCCAGCGAGACCCACUUGUACACGGUCAACGCCAUCUCGUUCCAUCCGAUCCACGGCACCUUUUCCACCGCGGGCUCGGACGGCACCUUCUGUUUCUGGGACAAGGACGCCAAGCAGCGCUUGAAGAACUUCCCCAACGUGGGCGCGCCCAUCACGGCCACGGCGUUCAACCGGAACGGCAGCAUUUUUGCGUACGCCAGGGGCUACGACUGGUCCCAGGGCCACCAGGGCAACCGGCCCGACUACCCCACAGACGUGAAGUUGCACCCGCUGAAGGACGAGGAGAUUAAGCAGAAGAAGAAGACGCGAUAG